AUGAGACAAGAGUUUUGGCCUAUACACGGUAAGCAAGCGGUCAACUCAGUCUUGCGAAAAUGUUAUCGCUGCUUCCGCUUUAAUCCAACACCCAUUCAGCAACCAACUGGUCAGCUCCCAAAAACGCGUAUUCGUCCAAGCGGAGCCUUUCUCAUUACGGGAGUUGAUUAUUGUGGGCCGUUUUAUUUGAAACCUCCGCAUCGACGUGCUGCUGCUCCCAAAGCAUAUAUAGCGGUGUUCGUCUGCUUUACGACGAAGGCAAUGCAUUUGGAAAUUGUAAGUGAUUUAUCAACUACUGGAUUCCUCUCUGCCUUUCGACGUUUUAUUGGAUAUCAUGGCAUACCGCGCGAAGUUCACUCGGAUAAUGCAAAAAAUUUUGCGGGUGCUAAGCACGAAUUGAACGCUUUAUAUUGCAUCCUAAACAAUGAGUCAAGCUAUAAUCGUAUAGGAACAGAACUUGCCCAAUACGGAAUUUCCUGGCAUUUUAUUCCUCCUAGAGCGCCAAAUUUCGGAGGUUUGUGGGAGGCAGCCGUUCGCUCUGUUAAAACGUGCCUCAAGAAAGAAAUCGGUGACCGCCGCCUGUCUUACGAGGAUUUCUCGACACUACUCGUCCAAAUUACAGCGGCUCUCAAUUCUCGGCCGUUAAUGCCAUUAUCAGAUGAUCCCAACGAUCUGAAGGUAUUGACACCGGCUCAUUUUUUGAUUGGGACUUCCAUGCAAGCUUUACCUGAACGUGAUGUGCGCAAUGUUCCCUCCAACCGCCUUACCCACUACCAGCAACGACAGCAAUUGUUCCAGCACUAUUGGCAACGUUGGAGCAACGAAUAUCUCACCGAAUUACAAGCAACCAGCAAGAAGCGACAGACAACAGCAGUUCAACAAGGAAACAUCGUGGUACUACGUGAAGACAACCUACCGCCGUUACGUUGGCCUAUGGCGAGAAUUAUCGACGUGCAUCCUGGAGCUGAUGGAGUGGUUCGCGUCGUAACCGUGAAAACGACCAACGGAAUCUACAAACGUCCAGUCAACCGAAUUUGUCCCUUGCCAUCCAGUUGCCAUAGUGGUAUUUAA